CCGCCUGCGCGCGUCGCCGCCCCGCGGACGGCUGGGCCUCGGUGCGGGCCUGCGCCUCCCUCGGCUCCUGUCGCGGGCCUCGGGGAGAGGGGUGGAAGAUGUCUAUGGAUGUGACGUUUCUGGGGACGGGCGCAGCAUACCCAUCUCCAACCCGGGGUGCCUCUGCUGUGGUCCUUCGCUGUGAGGGCGAGUGCUGGCUCUUUGACUGUGGGGAGGGAACACAGACACAGCUUAUGAAAAGCCAGCUGAAAGCAGGGAGAAUUACCAAGAUUUUCAUCACUCAUCUUCAUGGAGACCAUUUCUUUGGCCUUCCUGGGCUCCUCUGCACAAUUAGCCUGCAAAGCAGCUCCGUGGUUGCCAAACAGCCCAUUGAAAUCUAUGGCCCUGUAGGACUUCGGGACUUUAUCUGGCGAACCAUGGAACUGUCUCACACAGAGUUGGUCUUCCCUUAUGUGGUCCAUGAGCUGGUGCCUACAGCGGAUCAAUGUCCUGCAGAAGAGCUAAAGGAAUUUGCACAUGUGAAUAUAGCAGACAGCCCUCCCAAAGAGGGACAAGGAAGAACUAUCCUAUUAGACUCAGAAGAAAACUCAUACCUCCUGGUUGAUGAUGAACAGUUCGUUGUAAAAGCAUUUCGCCUCUUUCACAGAAUUCCCUCCUUUGGGUUUUCAGUCGUGGAAAAGAAACGCCCAGGUAAACUCAAUGCACAGAAACUAAAAGACCUUGGUGUUCCGCCAGGUCCUGCCUAUGGAAAGCUGAAAAAUGGAAUUUCUGUUGUUCUGGAAAAUGGGGUUACAGUUUUUCCCCAGGAUGUCUUAAAAAAGCCUAUCGCUGGAAGAAAAAUCUGCAUCUUGGGUGACUGUUCCGGGGUUGUGGGUGAUGGAGGAGUGAAGCUGUGCUUUGAAGCAGACCUGUUGAUCCAUGAAGCGACCUUGGAUGACGCCCAGAUGGACAAAGCAAAGGAGCACGGCCACAGCACACCACAGAUGGCAGCAACAUUUGCAAAGUUGUGCCAUGCAAAGAGGCUGGUUCUGACUCACUUCAGUCAGAGGUACAAACCAGUUGCCUUGGCCAGAGAAGGAGAAACAGAUGGCAUUGUAGAACUAAAAAAGCAAGCUGAAUCAGUGUUAGAUCUCCAAGAAGUGACUCUAGCAGAAGAUUUUAUGGUGAUUGGCAUUCCAAUCAAGAAGUAAAUCAGUGUUCCUGAACACAUAUUGACAUAUCUGUGAACCGGACCUAUUGUCAAGUUUUUAAUUUUUUGUUUUUAGUCUGAAAUCAUUUGGGCCCUGUUAAUCCUAAAAAGGAUGGAGCUGCAUUGCUGAACUGACUCAGUAGCUAGAGGGGAACAAGAUUUUUGAUAAUAAAUCAUUUUUAAAAGAACAAAACCCCA